GUGCGUCCAGCGGGCGGCUGCACGAGUCGCAGCGGCGCAUCGACGACGCGGAAUCACUCAUUCGCCAGAUGGAUCUCGAGGCGCGGUCGCUCCCCCCCGCUGACCGCGCGCAUCUGCUGGCGCGCCUGCGCGCGCACAAGCUAGCGCUACUCGCCGCCAAGAAGCGCGCCGCGGACUCGGCGGGGGAGGGGGGAGUCGUGACGGGCGGUCAAGGAGGGGGGCAAGGAGGCAGGCAAGCGGGGGCCCGAGAGGUGGGGAGAGCGGAGGAGGAGAGAGCAGCGCUGCUGGAAGAUGGAAGGGAAUAUGUGCCUUUAUCGGGUGCGGCGGACCAGCGGGCGCGGCUGCUGCAGGUGACGGCGCGGGUGGAGGAGUCGUCUCAGCGCGUGGCGGAGAGCCGGCGCAGCAUGGCGCAGACAGAGCAGCUGGGCGUGGCCAUCCUGGCCGACCUGCACCAGCAGCGCCAGUCCCUGCUGCGCGCCGGCGACACGACUUCACUUCACGCACCACACUCACUCACUGCACACACCUCUCUCACUGCACACACCUCUCUCACUGCACACACCUCUCUCACUGCACACACCUCUCUCACUGCACGCACCUCUCUCACUGCUUGCACCUCUCUCACUGCUCGCACCUCUCUCACUGCUCGCACCUCUCUCACUGCUCGCACCUCUGUCACUGCUCGCACCUCUCUCACUGCUCGCACCUCUCUCGCUGCUCGCACCUCUGUCACUGCUCGCACCUCUCUCACUGCUCGCACCUCUCUCACUGCACCUCGCUGUGCCGGCAAGAGCAUUCCCCUGUGCCGUGCCUGUGGUGCCCAGCUGGAGGACGUGGACCACCAGAUGAGUCGAGCGCGGAGGGUGCUGGCGGGCAUGGCGCACAAGCUGCACCGCAACAAGUGGAUCACCGCGCUCAUCCUCUCCAUCCUGCUGCUCGCCAUCGCUGCCGUCAUCUACCUCCGCUUGCGCCACUAG